GUCUGGAGCGCAACAUCUACCACAGUUAUUGGCCUAACUUCUUAGCGAGGUGGUCAUUUAUUUUCUGCUUCUUAUUGUGUUAGUGUCGUGUAAUUCACAGAAGCAAUAUGCUUGAGUUUACGUACUCGAAACUUUUUUGGAUCACUGUUGUGCUUGCUGCCGUGUACGCGUACUUGAAAUACUAUCUCUAUAAUUAUUGGAAUAGAUACAACGUUCCCAAUGAAACGCCAUCAAUACCGCUUGGAAACGUUUCUAUUGAUUACCUGAGAGGAAAAAUUCAUUUUGCGGGCUUUAUUGACUCAAUUUAUAACAAAUUCAAACAUCACCGAUUUUAUGGCGUUUACGUCUUUCAAAGGCCGAUCUUGUGUAUCAAUGAUCCAGAACUUAUUAAACUGAUUCUCGUCAAGGAUUUUGAUCUAUUUGCCGACCGCGGUUGGUUUUACGACGGCAAGGUUGACCCAAUGUCCAGCCAUUUAUUUUUACUACCCAGUGAAAAAUGGAAGAGACUGAGAAUCAAGUUUUCACCUAUUUUUACAUCUGGCAAGUUGAGACGAAUGUAUCCAUAUUUAGUUGAAAUUAGCAAGCAUAUGAUCAAGACAUGCGAUGCAGAAUUGAAAACUACCGAUAUAGUGGAUGUCAACGACAUGCUAGCGAGGUAUACGACUGAUAUAAUAUCGUCCAUAGUAUAUGGACUUGACUCGAAAAGUCUAGAUAACCCGAAGAGCGAAUUUCAAACCAAGGGCGAGAAGGCACUCAACUUUGGAAGAUUUAACUUGUUGAUGGCGAUGUUCGCACCAGAAAUGAUGUCAUGGGCGACUGUCCCGUUAUUCCAGGAGAAUGUGUCAAAAUUCUUUUUAAAUAUUUUCAUAGAAGCAGUUACCUAUCGCCGAAAAGAAAAAAUCCAGAAAAAAGAUUUCCUCGAUCUCAUUAUGCAGCUCAUUGAUUACGGAAAAGUUGAAGAUGAUGAUCAAAUCAUGCAAACGAAUGGAAAGAAUUCAGAACAUUUUAAUAAACUGACAAUAGAGGAAGCUGCUGCUAAUGCAUUUGUUUUCUUCCUCGGAGGUUACGAAACCUCCUCUUCGACUACGAGUUUUUGUUUGUACGAAUUGGCACAGAAUCCGGAAAUACAGGAAAAAUUACAAGCAGAAAUUGAUGAAGUCGUGAAGAGCCCCACCGGGCUUACUUACGAAAGUAUAGCAGAGAUGGAGUAUCUUGAUAUGGUACUUUCAGAAACUCUACGGAAGCAUCCAUCUCUGCCUAUUUUAAAUCGGAUAGCCAAGGAAGAUUAUCCGCUUCCUACCACAGAUUUCGUCAUUAAGAAAGAUAUGCGGAUAAUGAUUUCGCUUUCAGGUAUACAAAAUAAUCCCGAGUAUUACCCGGAUCCCGAAAAGUUCGAUCCUUUACGCUUUACCAAAGAAAAGGCAGUUGCAAGAAAUAAGUAUAUUAAUAUACCUUUUGGAGAUGGAGAACGAAUGUGCAUUGGUAAACGCUUUGCCGUGAUGCAAGUUAAGAUAGCUCUGGCUGCGAUGCUGCACAACUACCAAUUCAGCAUAAGCGAAAAGACGCAAGUUCCACCACAAUAUGAGACUAUGAACUUCACGCAAACUGUGCGUAAUGGAGUUAAAUUACGUGUUAAGAGGAGAGAUCUUGAGAAGAUCUUGAGAAAGAGAUCUUGAAAGCUUUUUUUUACUAUAAAGCAGUUGUUGUCAAAAAGAAAAGCUUUAUACUAGUGUGUGUAUGCGUUUAGUCCUUAAUUAUACUGACUAUUAUAACCAUUGUGAUUUAAUUGUGAUUGAUUAAUGUGAUUGAACUUGUGUCUUCCCUAGGCAGAAAUUUUGUUCAGUGUUCACCAGUCACUGACCAAUUCUGUCAAAAUAGAGCAGUGACUGGACAAUACUGGCUAAUAUACUGCUUAUUUUUCUAGCAGGGCUAAUUGUUUCUAAUUUAUCUACUAAUCGCUUUUUAAAAGGAUAUAAAUUUUCCGUCGUAAACAUAUUUAGUUGUUUUUUUGAUGGUUCAAACGUUAAACUAUUAAUAUUGUAAGCGGCGUUAUACGAUCUUAAAAAACAACGAGCGUUAAGUAAUGCA